UUUUACUCCAACCACUCUCUCUGUCUCCAAGCGGCGAAAGCUCUCUGCAAGUUUGUUUAAGCUAAAGCUUUCCCCCUUGUUCAGCCACUCCUCCCCUAACCGAACACAAGCUGCUCGCCGAAAUGCCGGCCCGGAGGCUCCUCCCGCUACUCCUGGCGCUGCUGCUCGCCGGCUCGCCGGAGGGCGCGGCUGGAGCGGGCGCCGGCGGCAACGGGACGUGCCCGCUGGACCUGAGCUACGUGCCGUCCUUCCCCUGGGACCCCACGCCGUGCGCGGGGAGCGCGCCCAACAUCACGGCGUGCCGGCAGACGCUGCUCUCCCUGCUCGGCAUCGGCCUCGCGGGCCGGCUCCGGUCCACGGGCCAGUUCCGCCUCCCGUCCGCGGGGGCCGCCGCCGCGUGCAUCGCGGGGCUGGCGGACGGGAUCUCCGCGCCGCCGGCCUCCCUCGCCGGCGCCUCGCUCGUGCGCUCCUGCUUCCCGUCGCCGGCCGACUUCGUGUCCACCCCGUCCUACUGCGCCGGCGUCACCACCGCCGCGCAGUACAGGGCCGUCGUCGGGAACGACUCCGUCGCCGGCCUGGACGCCGCCUGCGGGCCCGAGCUCGCCUCCCUGCCCGUCUGCUACAGCUGCCUCACCGCCGGCAUCGUCGCCACCUCCCACCUCAUCGCCGCCGACGCCAACGCCUCGGCCGAGUUGCAGCGCAACUGCUUCUACCUCACCGUCAUCUACGCCGCCGGCGUCUCCAGCGUCGAGGGGCCCACCGCCCUCUCCACCGCCAAUUGCACGCUCGGUCUCGGCCUAGCCACCCAACCCUCCCACCCUUCCAAGUCAAACAGCACAACCAUCUACGCCACCACCAUCCCAAUCGCCAUCAUCCUGCUCCUAUCAGCCAUCGCAUUCAUUCUCUGGAGAAAAAGAAGGCAUGCCAACGCCAAGAACAAGAACCGAGACCUCAACAUCCCUGAGGAGGGGUCGUCAGGCGAGCGGCGGCCGCACCUGCGGCCCAACACGGGGUCGAUCCUAUUCAGCAUUGCCGAGCUGUCCAAGGGGACGGACGGCUUCGCGGACAAGAACCUCAUCGGCCGCGGCGGGUUCGGGGUCGUCUACCGCGGCGUGCUCGCGGACGGCUCCGUCGUUGCUGUCAAGAAGGUGCUCAACCCGGAAAUGGAGGGCGGGGACGAGGAGUUCACCAACGAGGUGGAGAUCAUCAGCCACCUCCGGCACCGCAACCUGGUGCCGCUGCGCGGCUGCUGCAUUGUCGACGAUGACGUCGAGGAAGGGAAGCAGAUGUUCUUCGUGUACGACUUCAUGCCCAACGGAUCGCUCGAGGAGUUCAUCUUCCGGGGGGACAAAGAGGGAGGCAGCCAGCGGCCGGCGUUGACAUGGGCGCAGCGGCGGACCAUAAUUAUGGAUGUGGCAAAGGGGCUGGAGUAUCUGCAUUAUGGUGUCAAGCCUGCAAUCUAUCACAGGGACAUCAAAGCCACCAACAUAUUGCUCGACAAUGAGAUGCGUGCGCGCGUGGCGGAUUUCGGGCUAGCCAGGAGGACCAGGGAGGGGCAGUCACACCUCACGACGCGCGUUGCCGGCACGCAUGGUUACCUGGCACCGGAGUACGCGCUCUACGGGCAGUUGACAGAGAAGAGCGACGUCUAUAGCUUCGGUGUUCUGGUGCUUGAGAUUUUGAGCGCGCGGCAUGUGCUUGACAUGUCGGCUCAGGCAGGGCCGGUGCUGAUCACCGACUGGGCGUGGACGCUCGUCAAGGCCGGUCAGUCGAGAGAGGUGCUAGACGAGGCGUUGUCGACCGGUGAGAGCCCAAGAGGAGAGGUGAUGGAGAGGUUUGUGCUUGUCGGAAUCCUGUGCGCACACGUGAUGGUUGCGCUCCGACCGACCAUCACCGAGGCCGUGAAGAUGCUUGAGGGGGACAUGGAUAUACCCGAGAUACCAGACCGGCCACUGCCAUAUGGGCACAGCCUCAUGUUCAGCGAAGCAGGGAGCAACUUCAGUGCUUCACCAGCCAUCAGCGGGCCAUUAAUCGAUAAUGGGGACAUGCUUAGGUGAUGUAAUACUUGUGUUUCUUUUGGUCAGCUAAAUCCAUAAUUGUGUGUCACGACCUCUUGAUAUGUUGAUUUUCUGUAUGAGACAUUUAAACGAUGCAAAUGGAAUUCACAUCAAAUUUUGUUA